AUGAAUGCGCGUUUGCGAUACGGGCUAUUGAAGGAGCUCCACCUUCUCUAUACCCAUACACUUCGGAUUGCCCGAUACACAAUCUCUUGCAAAUCUUUACAGCUCACGAACGCUACUCUAUACGUAUUACUCACACCCGGUUCAAAGAAGCGCAUGGAUUACUACUUCAUGGAAGAGCAUAAGUUACAGUGGAGAGAUCACAACUCCUAUGAUCAUCUAUAUCCUGACCGGGCACCGCACAAAAGCAUGGCUAUUCAUCGUGUUCUUCGUAUUGAUUUGGUGUACGACGCUGACCAGAGGGAGCAGGCAUUACUGAAUGGCGCCUCCCUUGCUUUUUGUCGCAGCGAAUCCACAGAUUAUCGUCGGGAAUUGUCGUUUCUGCUUGGCGAAACGCCACUGUAUGGUUUCGUUUGGUUGCAUGCCCUAAUUUCGGACAUACUCAUCAUCCUCGCUAGAGGCAUCGAGAAGAUCUUGGAGCAGGGUCCCCUGGCGCAGGUGGACAGUGAGGCUGCACGCUUUUUUCUGUACACUGCCAUCGCAUUUACCAUUUUCAUUGCCUUGCCAACUCAGGUUUUGCCAGUUGCGGAGCACCGGGGGUCGAGCUUAUACCCCACGGUAAAGGAUACCAAAUUAACAACAGCGAGAAUGGCGCACAAUGCGUGUGUGAGCUUUGAGAAGAACGGCAUAAAAAGAGUAUUGCUUAGGGAGAAACCGAGAAGAAGGAAAGGAAAGACCAUGGAACAGCGAAGCAUAAUGUAUUAUCCACUGAGCUCGUCUGAAGAACUCUCUGAAAAUUCCACUCAGACCAAAAUAGCGUGUACGGAAUUUUAUGUUUAUAUAUUUCGCCCCGUUGUACAUCUCGAUUUGUAUCCAUUGCUCGUGACUUGGACGUAUACGUAUGUACAUCACUUAUGA